GAUCUCCACCAUGAUAAGAGUCACGUGUAGUCAAUUAAGCUUUUUUGUUUACAAGCUCAAGAAUGCGAGUAUUUCAUGUAUCACCUGUUGACAGUAAACUUGAGUUAGUCUCCUGCCAAGACGGUGACCAGAUCAUACACUAUUGGAACUUGUAAAUGACGUGAUGGGUGGAGCAGUGAGUGCUGGCCGUGACAACGAGGAGCUCGUGGACAACCUCUGUUAUGAGGGAUACAUCAAUGAACCCAGUGUGGAGAAGGUGUUUCGUCAAGUUGACCGCAGUUACUACAUGAUAUUCGAGGAGGGGGAGGAUGAUCCCCUGGAGGCGUACGAGGACCAUGCCUGGCGUAAGGGCACCCUCCACCUAUCAGCACCAUGCAUCUACUCCAGAGCUAUGGAGGCACUCAAACUAGACAAAGGUCUCUUGUUCUUAAACGUUGGCAGUGGUACAGGCUACAUGUCUACUAUGGCUGGACUCAUAAUCGGAUCGUAUGGAAUCAACCACGGCAUAGAACUGCAUCAAGACAACGUUGAUUUUGCACAGAAGAAACUCGCUGAGUUCCGUGACAGUUCCCCUUGGUACGAUCCGGUUGAAUUCUGUGAGCCGAUGUUCAUUGUCGGGAAUGGUUUGCUUGUGAGUCCUGGUAAUGUGCUGUAUGACAGGAUCUACUGUGGAGCUGGCUGCCCUGCUGAGCAUGCCCAGCUCAUGAAGAAUAUGAUCAGUGUGGGAGGUAUACUCGUCAUGCCUCUAGAGAAUGAGUUGGAGUGCAUCAGACGCACUGGUGAGACAGAGUGGGUGACGGAUGUGGUCCUGCCAAGUGUCUCAUUCGCUGAGCUAGUACUACCCUCUAAAGAGGUAGUCAAGAAAAUGGAAGCUCUGGAAUUACCUGUGGAGCCCCUCUCUUUGAAGGAGCUGAGUCGACUAGUGAUCCUCCGACACUUGGAAAGAGCCAACUACAGCAGGAUAUCAGAGCUCCCCCUACCACAACACCUCAAGGAGUACAUGAGCUACUAUCGUGACUGGGGCCCGAUCCCUGACCCACUAAAAGCCCUCUGCCCGAUUGACCACUCUAAGAAAAAAGAGGAGAUCACAGAGAUGGGAUCUGAGAAUGGAGCAUGUGCUGACCUUCCUCCCAACAAUGAGCCUUCGUUUGUGGAAGCUGUCGAUAUGAACGGACAGAGAAUACUACUGUGUAAUUUCAAUGGAAUCACGUUUCAGCUCCCAAUGGAUGAAGAGGGCAGUAACAACUCAGAGGGUGAUCUCAGUGAGAAUGAGAUGAGUCAAGAGAACCAAGCAACUGAGGACGAUGCACUAUAACUAGCUACUGUCAUCACUCUCAUCAAAUCACUUCAUUUUACGCACUGUUUUUGUUGUCAUUCCAUGUUCAAUGUCUACCAUUUCUCAGCAUCCAUUUCUGUCUAAUACUGCAUAAUUAUAAAAGCAAAAUUUC